AUGUUGAGAACGAAAUUACGAAAAAUAUUCCCCUACAUAAACAAACAAGUCGUGAAGGAGAAAAAGAAUCAAAUAGACGAUGAGGAUCCGUUGAAUGUAGACAGUCUAGCGACAACUGUUCGCUACAAGCCAGAAUGUCUAGACCAUCUCUGCCAGACGACCAAAUUCACAAAGAAAGAACUUCAGAUCAUGUACAGAGGUUUCAAACAGGAGUGCCCGUCUGGGAUAGUGAAGGAAGAUACCUUCAAAGAGAUAUACGCCCAGUUCUUUCCACAAGGGGACUCCAACCUCUACGCUCAUUACGUCUUCAACGUGUUUGACCAGGAUAGAGAUGGAACAGUUAGCUUUGAGGAAUUCGUGUCAGGUCUAUCGAUAUUGGCUCGCGGAGACAACCAUGAUAAAUUAUUGUGGGCAUUUUCCUUAUACGAUCUGAAUAGAGAUGGAAUGAUAACCAGAGAUGAGUUAUUCGAUAUCGUUAUAUCGGUGUACGAUCUGAUCGGCAGCUGCUCCGAACCGGUCGGCGAUGAAGUGAGCACUGCCCGCGACCACGUUGAUAGGAUAUUUAAGAAAAUGGACACGGAUAACGAUGGCGUCAUUACCAUUCACGAGUUCAUUCAAGCCUGCGAAAAAGAUGAUAGCAUAUCAAAAUCAUUGAACGUGUUCGAUACAGUUCUCUAA